AGUUGGCAGCACUCUCUCUCACACACAAAGUGCUCAUUAAUUAGGUUCGCAUUUUAGACGACGAAGCAGCGAUUCCAGUGUUCAGCUUCGAAACCCAACAGAAACACUCUUAACCUGCGAGAACUUUCAUAGCAAACUAAUUUUUGUACCAGAACCCCUUGAUCCGAUCCCGAAUCCAAAAUCCCGAACUCUUCUACAUUAACGUAAAUAGUAUUCCAUAUACAUUUAUACAAUUCGUGUAUAUUGAAGGGAAAACAGCAGCAGCAGCAAGAACAACAAUUUAUAAUGCCAAUCCUAUAGAUUGAGACAAGAUAGAGAAUUCAAGUUAAAAGUUAACGACACAAAAUCCACAUCCUCUCCCUCCCUUCGAAAGAGAAGAAGAGCAAAAGAGAGAAGAUAUAACAACAACAAAAUUGUAUAUUCCAAAACACUCCAUUAGCGAAUAGUUAGGACAGAUAUAUUUAUACAUAUAUACAACAAAACCAACAAUAUAGAAGUUUAACAAAAUUUUUGCAAAUUAGGCCACAAGAUUUAGGGGAAAAGUAAAGAAAAGAAAAGCAAUAAACGACGAACCUCAGCGUUAAAUCAUAAAGAUCUACUAUUAUCAUAAAUCUCUAGAUACGAUAUAUAAUUAUAUACCACAAAACCAACAACAAACGAAGCCAAUCGGGCGAAAACGGGUCAGAAUCGUAGUAAUCGAAGUAUUCAGAAUUGUAGUAAAGUUUUCGUAGUCCUUUAGCAGCCUCCUCCCUUCCUCCCAUAUAUAGAAUAUAUAUAAAGUGUGUGUGAGCAUUGGAUUUUUAUAUAUACACAGCACACCAUUAGAAACGAGCGUAGAUAGGGAUCUUCUGAAUCAAGUAAAUUAUUUUUGAUAUCGAUUUUUGUAAUUGAUUUGAUGCGCAUCAUCGCAUAGAGAAGAGAGUGUUCGAAUAUAUACAGCCUUAUCGCGCAUAUCGAUCCGCAUUCACACCUGAUCGGAGCAGCCAUCGACGACGAGCCAUGGACGAGUCACAGCCGAAAACGUUGUAUGUGGGAAAUCUCGAUAGCUCGGUAUCCGAGGAGCUGCUCGUCGCAUUGUUCGGCACAAUGGGUGCCGUGAAGAGCUGUAAAAUUAUAAGGGAACCGGGCAACGACCCAUAUGCCUUCAUCGAAUAUUCCAACUAUCAGGCAGCCUCCACGGCCCUGACCGCCAUGAACAAACGCCUCUUUCUGGACAAGGAAAUCAAGGUUAACUGGGCCACUAGUCCUGGCAAUCAGCCCAAGACAGACAUUAGCUCCCAUCACCACAUAUUCGUUGGGGAUCUAAGUCCCGAAAUCGAAACGGAGACGCUGCGCGAAGCCUUUGCACCAUUCGGGGAGAUAUCCAACUGUCGCAUUGUCCGCGAUCCACAGACCAUGAAGUCCAAGGGCUAUGCUUUCGUUUCGUUUGUGAAGAAGGCCGAAGCAGAGAAUGCAAUACAGGCAAUGAAUGGCCAAUGGAUUGGCUCGCGUUCGAUACGCACCAAUUGGUCCACGCGCAAGCUCCCACCACCCCGAGAAUCGUCCAAGGGUGGCGGCCUGGGCGGCGGCAUGGGUGGCGGGCCCGGGAAUGGAGGCGGCGUUAAGAGCAACCAGCGGCACACCUUCGAGGAGGUGUAUAAUCAGUCGAGCCCCACCAAUACCACAGUCUACUGUGGCGGCUUUCCGCCGAACGUCAUCAGCGACGAUCUGAUGCACAAACACUUUGGCCAGUUCGGUCCCAUCCAGGAUGUGCGUGUCUUCAAGGACAAGGGCUUUGCGUUCAUUAAAUUCGUGACCAAGGACUCGGCGGCGCACGCCAUCGAGCACACGCACAACACCGAAGUCCAUGGCAAUCUCGUCAAAUGCUUCUGGGGCAAGGAAAAUGGCGGCGAUAACUCAAUGAACAACAUGAAUGCCGCUGCAGCGGCAGCAGCCUCUGCAAAUGUGGCCGCCGUGGCAGCCGCCAAUGCGGCGGUCAAUGCCUCAUUGCCAGGCCAAAUGAUGACCCAGCAACAGUUAGCGGCGGCCACUGGUGCCGCGUUACCUGGCCAAAUGAUGACGCCCCAACAGCUGGCGGCUGCCACAGCGCAGUAUCCAUACGCCUAUCAACAGAUGGGCUACUGGUAUCCUCCGGCACAGGCUUAUCCAACCACCCAAAUGCAGACGCAGUAUAUGCAGCAGGGCUACUAUCCUUACGCGUACACGACCAGUGCCCAGCAGGCGGGAGGAGUCCCUGCCGGGUAUCGCAUGGUGCCACCGAAUGUGGCAUGGGGUGUGCCUGGCACUGUGGUCCCUGGCAUGUCGGCGGCCUCGUCUGCGGCCGCAGCAGCAAACGGUUCAAUUGCCCCCCAGAUGAUGUACAGUGCCGCGAUGCCACAAUAUCAGACCCAAUGAACUGAGUUGUGACGCCCGCUUCGACGCCGUCUGCAACAUCCGUGGAGCCGCUGCAUCCAAGAACGUCUGCCGGCAGCAGCAGUGCAGCCACAAUCGCAAUCGCAGCUGCAGCUGUUAGCGCAUUACGCACCCUUAGCUUACUUAGAAUACCAGGUCCUUGCCAAAACCGAGCAGCAGCAGCAUCCGUCGUAUCAUCCUCUGCCAGUCCCUAGCGAUGAGAGCAACAGCAACAUCAGCCUCUCCACGAGCCUCUUUUUCACGGCAGCAGGGGAUUAGGGAUGUAGGAUUUUGCGGUAUUUUUAGUUGCGGUUGCAGGCUACGGCUACGUUUUUUUUGAGACGUUUGCGUCAUUGUGGCGGUCGAACGGGCGAGGCGGGGCGGGCGUUACGUUCGUGGAGGGCUCUUUCAUCAUACCCCCCACACAUGAAGGCCGACCCGAAGCAAUUCGUGGAACUAAAAGUUGAACCACGGGCGGCGGCAAGCGAGCAGGCAGGCAGGCAGACGGACGACAGACAGACAGACCGACCGACAUAUAGACAGACAACUGAAGCUCUGGGCGAUUUCGGGGGGUAGCUGUAACAAUCUAAUCCAAUCUAAGUACGUGUUAAAAUAAUUUAAUGAUUUGUAAUUUAAGGCAAAUAUAGGCGUAUAAACGAAAGCGGAAACAAAAAUAAAAAAUGAGAAAUACAACAGAAACAGUAAAAACAGAAAAACAAAAACCAACCCAUAGGCAACAACAAAUUUGUUCAAAUAAACAACAACAAAUGAAAUACAAUCGAAACGGAAUAAAGUGACAAAGCAAAUUGUAAUCGUAACUAAAAUGUGGAUCAUAUGAUGUGUCAACGAUGGAUUUCGAAGGAGGAGUAGUCGGAUGUAGAGUGGCAAGUGGCAACUGGAUCAGCGAGGAUGAGCCACACCACCCACAUCGGUGGAGUCGAAAAGUAAAGCAUAAACAAAUUUAGACACUUAAGAGAAUGUAAAUUCGAGCAAAACACACACACACACAUAUUGUAAUUGUAUAUUUCCAAUGUGGAAAACGAAAUGCGAUAUAAAUAUGUAAUGUAAUUGUAAAAUAAAGAAACAAAAAAAUA